CAAAACAUCACCCUUCAGUUCAGCAGGUCUCUCGAUCGGCCGAGAACUCGAGCUAGAUGACGAAACCGUCGGCGAUGGCGUGCGCCGCGGCCCUCGGCCUCCUGCUGCUGCUGGCCGCCGCGGCGACGGCGACGGAUGCAGCUGCGGCUGCGGCUGCGGCUGCGGCGGCGGCGGCGGCGUGCAACCCUGGGCAGCUGACGCCGUGCGCGGGUCCGGCGCUGUUCGGCGGCGCGGUGCCGGCGGCGUGCUGCGCGCAGCUGCGGGCGCAGCAGGCGUGCCUGUGCGGGUACGCGCGGAGCCCAAACUACGGGAGCUACAUCCGGAGCCCCAAGGCGGCGCGCCUCUUCGCCGUCUGCAGGCUGCCCAUGCCGCGCUGCGGCUGAGCUCUAGACGCGCGCGCGCCGUGUAAAACCUAUGGGUGGUUAUAUUACUCGUGUCGUGAAUAAAUCCGAGGACGGUUCGUUCAUACGGGGGUUUAUGAACUUGUGGUGCCCUCAAACAAAAUUUGUGGUGGCACACUUGUGGCUUAAUUUGUUUGUUGCGGUUGUUACGAGCACUCCUCCGUACAUUUGUAUGCUUGCAUUAGUUCCGUGCAUAUUGCAUUCAUAGCGUAAUCUUUUGGACGCGCUACAUCUCCUCUAAAUUGUUGAAGUAAAACUGUUUUGUACCCAUCAAGUCCUUGUUAUCAUAACAGUAGUAUAAUAUACUA